CAGGCACUUGACGGACCUUGAAAGUUCGGGGUCUGGUGUGCGUCUUGGGCAUCCAUCCCGUUGAUCUUUUGGUGUCAUAUACCCACCGGACGAGUUGACGAUUGGGCAGUUGACGGUGGCAGUGGGUGGUGCAGUCAGUAGCUCACCACCUGGACCCAGACAUGGUGUCGAAGAAGCCGAUUCACCGGGUGGUUGGUGAAGAUUGGUGAAGAUUGGUGCAGGUGGUGGUGUCCCUGCCUGCACAAGGACACUAUUACACUGCCACCACCUGACUGGAGUGACGAUGGUCCCGCCACCGACUGUUAGCUGCUGCAUCGUGUUGAUUCUGCCCUACCAUCCAUCACUGGCCCCUUUGAUUAUCCUUUCUGUUUGGGGUUUGCUUUUUGGGGAGUAUCGGGCAUCGGACAUUUCACAUCUGGCAUUUCGCAUCUGGCAUCGCAUCUGGCAGCUGGGCGUUGGCUGGUUCGGCACAGCACAAACGGACCAGCAAGCAAGACGAGACGAAGCGAGCGGCAAGGGAUCGUCGUCGGACGGGACGCUCCGUGUCUGGAGUGUGUCUGUCAUUGUUUCGCCGCGGCGGCCCUUGGUCUUUGGUUCCUUGGUUCCUUGGUUCCUUGGCCCUAUUAGCAGUGGCAUCCUCCGCCCUGUUACCGCCUGCAGCCGCCAUGGUCCCGUUUUGACCCAAGCAAACCCACUCAAGCCCCCCAUUCGUUCAUCGCAUCCAUCCACGGUCCGUCCAGCGUCCCCAUCGUCCCAGUGUCCCAGCGUCCCAGCGGUCAUCAACCAUCGUCCAUCGUCUGUCCCGCAUCCCGCAUUCCCCCAAAUCUCACAUUCCACCUUGCAUCUCUUCUCCCCUCCGCCUCCCCUCGGGCUUUCUUUCUCUCCUUUUGCAUCCCGUCCACCGGCUGUCGCUUGUCGCUUUUUUUGCGUCGUGCGCGCGCGCAGCCCGCCCCAGCAACCGGAGAGGAAGCAAAACAUUGCUCGUCUUCCCCCACUCUUCUUUCUCUUCUUCACUCGCCUACCCCCCGCCGCUGUCGCCCACUGGCCCGCCUGGCCGACUCUCUCUGUUUAUCACCACCUCACCAAAAAAAAACCCACAGCGCGUCUAUCACUUAGGAGUGUCGGCCGCCAGCGCGAGCUGCGCCAUGUAGAGACGCAAUGAGUUUCCUCAAGACAAGGUGGCCCUCUCCCUAUCCCGCUCCCUAUCCCGCUCCCUGCCCGCUCCCUUGCUCUCCCUCCCCCGCCCCCCCACGCGGCGGUGUCUAUCAUUGUACCACCACCGUUUGUUGUUGAUCUACUGCACUUUGUUUGCCGCUCAGCAGCAGCAAAAGAACGAAGCAGCAGAAUCAACAUUGGAUGGUUGUUUCCCCGCCAUUUCCACUUCCCAACCCCAAUCCGG